AACCUCAAACGAAAACCAUAAACCCCUCGCAAACCAGAAAUGGCUGCUUCACUAGCAGCACUAGCUUCACUCUCUUCUUCACUCCUCUUCAAACGCUCACUCUCCCUCACCCCCUUCCGCACCCUCCCUCGCCUCACCUGCUCCGUCUCCUCCUCUCUCGAAUUCAACAUCACCUUCGCCCCCAAGCCCAAACCCGCAUCCUCCAAACCCGACCCGGACUCCCUCGCCGACUCCGGCCAGCAGCUCUUCAUCCCCUGGAUCGUCCGCGGCGACGAUGGCAAGCUCAAGCUCCAGUCCCACCCCCCCGCGCGUCUCCUCCACGAGAUGGCCAAAGCCGACACCAAGGCCAAGGCCAACAAGAAGAAGAAGGACACCGCCGCCAAGCAGCGCGUGCCGGCCGCCGAGCCCAAGCAUUCCAAGGCCGCGCGUAGGUUUUACAAUGAGAACUUCCGAGAGUCGCAGCGCCUCAGCAAGGUCCUCGCCGCCGCCGGAGUGGCGUCGAGGCGGAGCAGUGAGCAGCUUAUUUUUGAUGGGAAGGUCACUGUGAAUGGUUCUGUAUGCAAUACUCCUCAAACUCCAGUUGAUCCUGGGAGGGAUAUUAUUUAUGUCAAUGGGAGACGGCUUCCGAAGAAACUGCCUCCCAAGGUUUAUCUUGCCCUCAACAAGCCGAAAGGGUACAUUUGCGCUGCUGGGGAGAAUAAAUCUGUCUUGGGUCUGUUCGAUGAUUACUUAAAGAGUUGGGAUAAGAGAAACCCAGGAACACCCAGACCACGACUAUUUACUGUUGGCCGUCUUGAUGUUGCCACAACUGGAUUGAUUGUUGUGACAAAUGAUGGAGAUUUUGCUCAAAGUAUAUCACAUCCUUCAGCAAACUUAACAAAGGAAUACAUUGCCGUAAUAGAAGGUUCUGUUAGUAAGCGAAACCUGAUAGCCAUCAGUGAGGGAACGGUCAUUGAUGGUGUCCAUUGUACCCCAGAUUCCGUGGAGUUACUACCACAACAGCCAGAAAUGUCAAGAUCCCGUUUGCGUAUUGUGGUUCAUGAAGGGAGGAACCACGAAGUACGAGAACUUGUUAAAAAAGCUGGACUUGAGAUACACUCACUAAAACGCGUACGCAUAGGUGGUUUCAGACUUCCAACAAACCUCGGACUUGGCACGCACAUGGAAUUAAGACAAGGUGAUCUUUCUGCCUUGGGUUGGAAAACAAAGAAAGUUGCUGCGACUGCUGGAAGGUAGCAUUUAUCUUAGCUCUGCCCUGAGUUAAUACAUCUUCGAGUCACUGUCAAAAAAUUCACCAGUCGCUUAUCGGUCAGAGAUGUUGAAUUGGGUCCCCAUCCCCCUUUGUGGGGGCAGUAUUUGGGUACGCUAGUUGGAAUGUUUGCUAUGGGUUGAAGUUUAUCCAUGGCCGAUGGUUGAGUACAAGUCACACUUGUAGCAAGUGUUGAGCUGAUGUUAUUAACCUCUGAAGUCUAAAAGUUGCUGGGCUGCAGAUGCAUCUCUGUCUGUGUAUAUUGCAAAUGAUAUAGUAACAAAAUGCUUGUUUUGCCGUUCAUAUGCCAUUUACCGAUCCAAAACUGAGGCAAAUGCAUAGACCUUUCAUUGUAAAUCAAACGAAACAACUAAUCACUUCCACAUUGGAAGCUUUCAGCU